AUUGAUGAGGUGAUCCUAGGGAACCGGGACAUAAGUCACUACAAUGACUUAAGUGUAGCGCUUCUUUCCGUUAAAUCUGUUGGUUUCUGUCUUGGGUCGAGUAUGUCUUUCCGUUCUACAACCUAACAAGUCAACAUUUCCCGACUUUCCCUCCUGGUACUAGAAGAGUCCAUCAGUGAACAACAUCCCAACCAAGUAUACACCCAAACUAAACUCCAGGCCGUCCCUCCGUUAGGUCCAAGACAAAAGAUUUACCAAGAGCAUGAAUCAAGAAAAGUUAGCCAAACUUCAAGCUCAGGUCCGGAUAGGGGGCAAGGGUACAGCUCGCAGAAAGAAGAAGGUGGUGCAUAGGACAGCUACUGCUGAUGACAAGAAGCUUCAGAGUUCUCUAAAGAAACUGGCUGUGAACAAUAUAGCUGGUAUUGAAGAGGUGAACAUGAUUAAAGAUGAUGGAACAGUUAUUCAUUUCAACAACCCCAAAGUCCAAGCUUCCCUCUCCGCUAACACCUUUGCAAUUACUGGUCAUGCAGAAGCCAAACCAAUCACAGAAAUGCUUCCUGGAAUACUAAGUCAGCUUGGUGCUGACAGCUUAACAAGCCUUAGAAAGUUAGCUGAGCAGUUCCCACGGCAAGUAUUGGAUAGUAAAGCACCAAAACCAGAAGACAUUGAUGAAGAAGAUGAUGAUGUUCCAGAUCUUGUAGAAAAUUUUGAUGAAGCAUCGAAAAAUGAAGCUAACUAAAAUCCUCUGGGUUUUGGAAGCUGGCAUGGACUAGAUUUAACAAUCAGCUCUGUUGUUCCAAAGUUUUACAGACAUGGAGAACAUCACCUGUUACUAGUUCAGUAAUAUAAAUAUUUUGUAUAUUAAUAAUGCUGUUUGAUCAGCAUUUCUCGGUCAUUUGAUUUUGCAUUUUGCACUUCCCAGGAUCUAUUCUUUUGGUCAAAAUAUGAAGUAUUGAUACAGUUUGAGGGUGGUUUUUGCUUUUGGGGGGGAACUUUUGGGUGUGUAUGUAUAUGUAUGUGUGUGGGUAUGUGUGUACACGGUGGACAGAAAAUUGGAUAACAGUUAUAUCUAUCCUCUUCCUUCACCCAAUAGAAAUAAAACAAAUCUUUACAUUU